AUGAGGUUUUUUUGGGAUAUUAGACCUCUUACUGCAAAUCCAUCUGACUCAGAUGUCCAUCACUAUGAGUGCGACAUAUCGGAUGCGAAAGCUGUAGAAGCUGUAGCUGAUCGAGUCAAAAACGAAGUAGGAGAUCCAACAAUCAUUAUCAAUAACGUUGAAGUAGCGAAUGGAACAUUUAUCAUCGAUCUUAAUCCUAGUGAAAUUCGGCGCUUUGGAGUGAAUAUAAUGGCUCAUUUUCACCUCUUGAAGGCUUUCUUACCAACAUUAAUUGAACUAAAGAACGGAUACAUCGUCAGUACGAUUUCUAUUGUCACUGUAGCUUCAAUUUUAGGCACUUUUGGCGUCUGUCAAGCUUCAGAUUACUGUACUUCAAAAGCAGCUGUUUUGAGUUUACAUGAAUCACUUGAACUAGAUUGUAGGUUCCUAAAUAUCCUCAUUCCCACUGUAUCUUUCUUUAUUGAGUGA